CGGCAAGCCUCUGGCUGCUGGCACCGAUCCAAAAAGUUCAUGCCAGCUGUUCUGGCUAGCGGGCGAGGGCCCGGUCCCAGGGUCACUUUUUUGCCCUUCCUGUAUCUGACCAAGGCCCAAGGGCGCCAUGCAGCUUGCCACAGGAAACGCUGUGGCCUCGGCGAGUCUGUCGACCACCUACGGGUUUAUCCUGGUGCAGCCCACCAUCCUCGCCACCAAAGUGGCGAAGCUAGCUAAGCGACGCUGAAGUAGACGAGAAGGGAGGUAUGUCAAAGGUGCGCAGCUCCUGUCUUGCACGUAUGAUUGAGCUGCAGAGCUUUCGUGAAGAAGCUGGGAUUGUCCAGGAUUGUCGGAUCUCCGCUUCAUAGUGGACUUGUCCCUGGAAAAGGUCUUUAUUCAAGCUGGAUUCUGCCAGCGUUAGUCUAGUCCAGAGAGUGGCUUGAGCAAGUGUACUUUUCUUUCAUUUUGUAUUAAGCCCAUGGGGCCGUAGCUAGCUUGAAUCUGCUUCUGAAAUUAGCUAGUUGCGUCACCUUUUGUCAGCGAGCAACUAUAGUAAAGCGACGCCAUCGGUGGUCAUGAAGAGAGAUUGGGAGGCCUUCCAUACCGAUAUCUUCACGAAUCACAGGCUUGAGAGCAUGACUACACCCCUGUCAUCAGCUCAUCGCACUUCCCAGCCAGAUGUUCCGUGUGUUAUGGAGCCAUCAAGGAUAUUGAUUCCAGAUGUCAGGGAGCCAAACGGUUCAAUUGACCCUGCAUGGGAGUGCGCAGGCUUCCAUUCCCCCGCCUCCUCAGGCUUCCGGGGCUACACAAGCCUAGUCGAUUCCCCUGGCAGCUUUUUCAUCCCCGUGCCUGGGGCAUCACGAUCAUCCGCGCCUAGUUCUUGCAGCAGCCCCGCCGCGUCUAGUUUUGACUUUAGCAGCCUGCAUGCAUCUGGGUUACAAGCUGCAUUUGGAGCCCACCCCAGCAGCAGCACCUUUCAGAGCCUCUCCCUAGGAACAGCGUCAACGAGCAGCAGCGAUAACUCCUCUACUUCGUCGGACCGACCGAGCCGGCGGCGAAAGGUUGCAAGUCAGAUGCCAGACUGGAUGGACCAGGGGAUGGAGGUGGUUGGGCAGGGUGCCUUAGACUCAGAUUCUGGUUUCUGGGGGGCCCAGGACCUUGCUGGGGGGCAAGAGUCCAAUGCAAUUCUGCAAUUCGCAGGGGCCAGAAUGGACCUCCCUGCUGGAGGUCAGAUGCAGGGGGAUUUGCUCAACAUCAAGCGCGAGGCAUGCGACCUGCCGCUUGUCCCCAUUGAGCAAUACAGCUGGCUGAAUGGGGAGCUGCAAGUCAGGGUAUUUAUACCUCUCGUGGGCGUCCACAAUCUACCUGAGAGUUCUAUCUUGGUGAACUAUGGGACUGAGUCACUGGAGCUGACAGUCCGAGAUACACCUAGGGGCGUCCAGCAUAGGCUGGCCUUUAAGCAGUUAUAUGGGGAGAUCGUCCCCCAAGAUUGCAGUUUUUAUCGACGUUCUGACAAGCUGGUUCUCAAGUUGACCAAGGUACCAGGGCGGCUGGACGCAUUCAACAAAGGAAGGCCGUUGGAAUGGUUCGCUCUCAAGUUCGACUAGACAAACAUUAAAGAGCCGUUGCAAAGCGUUUGAUUGAGGCUCUUGAGAGGGCAAGGUAAAAUCAUAGUCAAAGCUUUUAGUUGCCCCUCCUUAUAGCAUGGUGUCAGGGAUCAGGUCGCAAGGCCUGAGAUCCUUGAAAUGUAAUUUUCGGAACAGAACAAUGACGGCAGAAUGUGUAUCUCAAGGAGAUAUAGUUUGAGGCAUGACUGUAUGUAGGAAAUUUGUCCAUACGCAGCUGUAACGUACAUAUGUAGUAAGGUUAUAACAUUGUACAUAGUGGACUUAAUUAAGGUAACUGUUCGUAAGGAGCUGAAAGGUUAUUAAUCAAGUGUUGCAUGGUACAUGCUUGCAAGCGGUUUGAGUUGACUGUUUUGUCAUCCAGGUGAAGAAAAACUGGCAUUGAAUUCCAAG